AGCUUUUUAUGCACCUGACAUGGGGCAUGAAAGCAGCUCUAGCCACAUGCUCAGCUCUAGCCACAUGAGAACUGCCGGCCAAAUGAUUCCAACCUGGAGUGUAUGGGGUGGAUGAGCACCAUCAGUGGAAUGUGCAUAUGGACAAAACAUCUCUCUCCAGAAAACUUGGAGCAGAGAAUAAAAAAACUCAAGGAGGAAAAGGCACAACUCCAAGAGCAAAAGGAAAGGAAAGAAGAUUUUCCUGUAGCAGGGCAACUGCAGAGAGAAAUUGCCCAACUCAAGGAGGAAAAGGGGAACUUGGAGAAGAGAAUAAAAGAACUACAGGAGGAAGAGGAAAGGAAAGAAGAUCAUUCUGGAGCAGAGGAACUCCAGGAGGAAACUGCCCGACUCAAGGAGGAAAAGGGAGACUUGGAGAAGAGAAUAAAUGAAAUGAAGAAGGAAUUAGACUGGAGAAGGGCUCAGAACAAUUCAGAUGACAUCAGUCUUCAUGGAGUCAUGGCCCACCCCAACAUCUCCAUUGCUGACAAUAAGAAGAGUUUUACACAUGAAGCCUAACCUCAACAAGUUCCACCAAAUCCAGAGAGGUUCAAUUCGACCGUCUGUGUGUUGGGCUCUGAAGAAUUCUCCUCUGGAAAGCAGUACUGGGAAGUGGAGGUUGUGAGCAGCACUGACUGGGACCUGGAGAUGGCCAGAAAGUCAAUACAGAGAAAAGGAAAACUUUCCUUCUCCCCUAAAGAGGGAUUCUGGGCUAUGGGUCUGAGUGGGAGAGAUUAUUGGGCAAAAACAGACCCAUAGACCCGAGUCAUAGUGCAGAAAAAGCCUAAGUUACCAAGAGGGGCAGGUGACUUUUUUCAAUGUAACUGACAUGUCUGUGUUGUUUACAUUUCAUGAUUGUUCAUUCUCAGGAGAGGUUUAUCCAUUCUUUAAAUAUUCACACAAAGAAACAAAAAUGAGAACUUGUUAAAUUAAAGACACUGAUGCUGAUUUUAUACUGGUGUAACUGAA